UUUGGCUCAUUGUCUUUUUAAUCCUGGUAAAGCAAUUAAGGUACACAAUAUUUGUGAAAUCUAAGUACCUAAAUACAUAUAGUAAAUGUGUAACAUAUUUGCUUUCCUUGCUUGGUGGGAUUUCUUCUGCUACCAGUAAGCAACAGAGAAGCUCACAAGAAAGGUUCCCCCAAGGCAUCUGAAACAUGAAGAGCAGCGACUCCUUUUAAUUCAUGUGCAAACUAACCUUUUAUUUGAUGAUUACAUUUGGAUUUUCUGAAAAACAGACUGUUUUCACCAUGAAUGCAAGAAAAGACUCUCAGGAGAACAGCAGAAUGAGAUCCUUCAAAGUGCCACAUGUCUGCACAGCAUUAUCCUUAGUAAUGCUGUUCCUUUCAGUCACUGGAACUUCAAAGCAAAAUAUCCCAAGACUUAAACUUUCCUAUAAAGAGCCGAGCACAUUGGGGUCCUGGUCCUUGAUUGGGGUGAAUAAUCAGAAUGACUUGCUGCUUUCAAACAGCUGUAUCCCAUUCCUGGGCUCAGCGGAGGGGUUUGAUUUUCGGACCCUGCUGCUAGAUGAGGAGAGGGGCCGGCUGCUAAUCGGAGCUAAAGACCACAUCUUUCUGCUCAGCUUGGUUGAUUUAAACAAAAAUGUAAAAAAGAUUUACUGGCCUGCAGCAAAAGAGAAGGUGGAAGUAUGCAAACUAGCUGGGAAAGAUGUCCAGACAGAAUGUGCAAAUUUUAUCAGGGUUCUUCAACCCUACAACCGGACCCAUGUUUAUGUCUGUGGCACAGGAGCCUUCCACCCUAUCUGUGGAUACAUUGAACUUGGAAUACACAAAGAGGAAAUGGUAUUCAGACUGGACACUCAGAACCUGGAGUCUGGCAGGUUGAAAUGUCCUUUUGAUCCUCAUCAGCCGUUUGCUUCAGUAAUGACAGAUGACUACCUCUAUGCUGGAACAGCUUCUGAUUUCCUUGGCAAAGAUACAGCUUUAACACGUUCUCUGGGCCCUUCUCACGACCACCAUUACAUCAGAACUGACAUUUCAGAACAUUACUGGCUUAACGGAGCAAAAUUUAUUGGAACCUACCCCAUCCCGGACACAUACAACCCAGACGACGACAAAAUCUAUUUCUUUUUCCGAGAAAUAUCUCAAGAUAGCAGCACGUCUGACAAAGCGAUCCUUUCCCGAGUUGGAAGAAUUUGUAAGAAUGAUAUGGGAGGUCAACGGAGCCUAAUAAACAAGUGGACAACUUUCCUGAAAGCAAGACUGGUGUGCUCAAUACCUGGCCCUGAGGGAGCAGACACACACUUUGAUGAGCUACAAGAUAUAUUCUUACUUUCCACAAGAGAUGAGAGAAACCCUCUAGUAUAUGGAGUCUUCACUACUACAAGCUCUGUAUUCAAGGGCUCUGCUGUUUGUGUGUACAGCAUGGCUGAUAUCAGAGCUGUUUUCAAUGGCCCUUACGCUCACAAAGAAAGUGUGGAUCAUCGAUGGGUACAAUACGAAGGACGUAUCCCAUACCCCCGGCCUGGUACAUGCCCAAGCAAAACUUAUGACCCGUUGAUUAAAUCUACCAGAGAUUUUCCAGAUGAUGUCAUUAGUUUUAUAAAACGCCAUCCAUUGAUGUACAAGUCGGUUUACCCGGUGACUGGAGGACCUGUAUUUACUAGAAUCAAUGUGGACUACAGGCUGACGCAGAUUGUGGUGGAUCAUGUCAUGGCGGAAGAUGGGCAGUAUGAUGUUAUAUUCCUAGGCACAGACACAGGAACGGUACUGAAGGUUGUGAGUAUUACAAAGGAGAAGUGGACUAUGGAGGAGGUAGUACUGGAAGAGCUGCAGAUUUUCAAGCAUCCAUCAUUUAUCUCAACUAUGGAGAUGUCCCUGAAGCAGCAACAAUUGUACAUUGGUUCUAAAGAUGGAUUGGUUCAGCUCUCCCUGCACAGAUGUCACACGUAUGGGAAGGCUUGUGCAGACUGCUGCCUUGCCAGAGACCCAUACUGCGCUUGGGAUGGAAACUCAUGUUCCAGAUAUGCACCAACUUCUAAAAGGCGAGCCAGGAGGCAAGAUGUCAAAUACGGAGACCCAGUCGCCCAGUGCUGGGAUGUGGAAGAAAGCAUUAGUCAUGAAACUGCUGAUGAAAAGGUGAUUUUUGGCAUUGAAUUUAAUUCAACUUUUCUGGAAUGCAUACCUAAGUCCCAGCAAGCCUCUAUUAGGUGGUAUAUUCAACGCUCUGGAGAAGAACAUCGAGAAGAGCUGAAGGCUGACGAGAGAAUCAUCAAAACGGAAUACGGGCUGCUGAUCCGCAGCCUGCAGAGAAAGGACACAGGGGCGUAUUACUGCAAAGCACAGGAGCACACGUUCAUUCACACCAUCGUGAAGUUAAAUUUGAACGUCAUAGAGAACGGGCACAUGGAAAGCACUCAGAAAACGGAGGAUGAAGAGGGACGGGGGAGAGAUUUGCUUACUGAGUCGCGGCUAAGGUACAAGGAUUACAUCCAACUCGUCAGCAGCCCCAGCUUCAGCCUGGAUGAGUAUUGUGAACAGAUGUGGCACCGGGAGAAGCGGCGGCAGCGGAACAAAGGUGGGGCAAAAUGGAAGCACAUGCAGGAGAUGAAGAAAAAGCGAAAUCGAAGGCACCAUGAACCUGUCAGCAGCCCACAUGCCAGGCCUACAUCUACGUAGUUUUAUAUUCUAUUUAAAGAAAGGACGUUUAACAUGCAAAAAUACUGUGUUCUGUUCUGUGCAUCCUUCCUAUUAAUUAAUAUUGCUUCACACUGAGAUUAGAUAACACGCAGUCAUUAUGGGUCUGUACAGGACUGCACUGUAAUACUGGAAUAUUAUAGCAAAUGACAAAUUCCUUAUUUGAGCACCGCACUCAAGGCAAUAAUUCCAAAUCUGGGUUUUUUCCCCGAAAUUCAGAUUUUGUAGCUAACACUUAGUGAGAAGCUGAUUCAUGACAUAUGUCAUGUGGGUGUUCCAUGGCUUCCCUGGCAUAAUUUUUAUAUGAGAUUUAAAGUCUGUGUUACAGUGCAUUAUUAAUUGACUGCUACAUUCCACCCGAGAGUUGGCUGCAGUUCAGGGGUAUGUAGAUGUAUUUGUAAAAGUGCUUGGGGUCUUGUAAGGAUGGGAGGUGCCAUAUAGAUACAGGCCAUUUUGUGACAGAUCUGCAAAACUAUACUAAAUUACCCAUUGGACAUAUAUUUAGGUACAUGGGUGGCAUUUGCUAACACAGAGAAGCAAAGCAAAAAAUCAAAUUAAAUAUAAGCUUAGCAGUAACGCUCGUUUUUCCCUUUAAAAAUGUGAUCACAUUUUAAGAGGAGGAAAUGUAGAGCUUUAUUCAUUAGGACAAAAGCAGCCUCUAGUUUGCAGUCCAUCUGCUGAAAUGUAAUGUUGACUCAAAUUGAAACUGCCAGCAAGAUACUGGAGAGUAAAUUUCAUAAGAAGCACGUGGGAGGUACGUGCACAAACCCUAUUAACAAAUAAUGGGAUUUCUGCCUUCACCUCUAUUGUCUUGCUGAAGAUUUUACCCUGAAUGUCUCCACUCACCUCUACAACUCUAACCCCCGGCUGGCUUCAUUUUCUGGAGUAUGGUUAGUUUGUUGUGGAAAAAAAGAGGAGCGGAGAACACACACGCACAAAAACCCUCCCAAACUUGAUGACAAAAGACAAUGAGGGAAACAUAUUUGGUGACAGACAGAAACUGACAGUGCUCUUACGCCAGGUAUAACAAUGGGGAGAGAGCAGACAUUCCUCAGACUUGUGUAUUUGUUUUAUAAAAGCUCGUGUAUUUCAAACAAGGCAUUGUGUUGUUGGAAUUAAUACUUUUUUAUUAUAAUUAAAUAAAAACAAAAAAAGCCCACAUGUAAAUAAACAGAAGUAGAAGUUAGAGAUGAGCAGCUUUGCGAUUUACAAUAACAUCAUUUGUAAAGUGUUCCUAGUUUUACUUUCUGCGCUUUAAUAAGAUAAAUCUUCUUGUAUGAGCAAGAGACACUGUGCUUCCUUCAGAUCUGAUUUACACCAGUGUAACUCCAUUGGCUUCAUUGGACUUUCUCCCAAUUUACGCUAGUGUAAGCAAGAUCAAAAUCAGGGCUAUUGCCUCUUCUCAUGCUUCGCAGCCCCUCUCCCCCACUCUACCAAACCUCCCCCUUUCUGCCUUUCACGCCUCUUUAAGUGUGAAAUGAUAAAUUAGCCACUUCCUCACAUGGAAGAAAGCUUUGAUGGAUACUAAAUCGACAGACUUUACUUUUUUCUCAUGCAUUCUACAUGUCUUGAGAGCAAAGUCUGUGGGAAUGUAAUUGGUGUGCAAUUCAUUAAGGAACCAAGAACUUUGGGUCUGCAUGCUGGAGAUUAUCCCUAUCCGCUACCCAAUGUGUGUGUGCAUUCAGUUCCUGAUCAAUAAUUGUUCCACACAAUCUGUGCCGUUGUACAUUUCCUUUCUGAUAAAUGAUACAAAUAUGGUGAUGUGUUUUUCAGAUUGUAGAAAGGAACCUCAGCUGACUCAAGUUUAUUGUAAAAAAAACUAAAACUGAAUGUGCAUGUAUUGUAUAAAGAC